CGUUGUAAUGAAGAACUAUGUAAAAUAACUACAACAUAAAAUAAAAAACAAAAAGAAACAUUUUUCCUUAAAUGGGAAAAAACAGUACAUUUCUGUCAGCAUGCGUACUGAGUAACUUAUCUUUCUCCGCCACCGUCACCUUCCGGUAAGAUCUGGAAGUUCAACGAAAAAUUCCGGCGAGGAGGGUCGAUUUUUCCGGCGGAAAAAUGGGGGAGAAGGAGAUGGAGAGACAGAGCAUAUACAGAGCGGCGAGGAGCGUGAAACGGAGGGACAACAGCAUCUACAACGCUCUCCGAUCGAUAUACGAAGACUCGACGUUCGUGGGAGAGAUCCGUGAGCUAUGGCCGGAGAUUCCUCUGGUGGCGAAUCUCCGGUGCGGUCUCUGGUACUGGCGGAGGUUCGACGCCACCUGCUACUUCAAAUCAACGGAUGGGCACACCAACAAUCUCUCCUUCAACACCUCCCGUCUCAAUCUCCAUCUCCCUCUUCUCGCUGGACAGAAAGGAGGAUGUAUAAUAGUUGAUUCUACCCGGAAAGGAAAACGAUUUCCAGACAGCAUGUCGAAAACAAUACCCAUAUGGGCGUGCGUGUUGAAUCGUUACAUGUUCAAUCACUUCAAGAAAUCUCACAAUGAGCGGUUCGUCCAGGAGGGGUCAACCAGCAGUGAGCAAAACGGUGAUAACAUUUUGGCCGGAUGGGAUUGUUCUUUACAUCUACCGCUUUGGGUACCAGAAACUGAAAAAGCCGCCAUUGAAGAUCGGUUGGAAGAGUGGACGAGACAAUUAGAUGAGAGCGGAGCUGAUAUAACGUCUAUUGUUUCAUGCUUGAGAAAGCCUUUACGUCCGCUUUGGAUUUCACAGAAAACGCUGAUAUGGUUGAAUGAAGUGCCAGAGCACGAUUCAUGGGAUUUUACCCCGAUCAUCCUUCUUUCUGCCUCAGCAUCGUCGGGCGAAGUUCAGUGUAGAAAAAGUUCGGAACUGAGUUGGAGUUAUAUACCGGGAGCUGGAGAUGAUGAAGAAAGUUGGGCUAAGGGAUUAUCACCGAAACUUUUCUGGACUCAUGUCGAUGAUCUUAUUGACUCGGGCCCUGACUUGUGCAACCAGAAAGUAGCGGAGAUUAUCGAGAAUGACAGAGUAUAUUGUGCCCAAAGAGGUCAGGAGGCUCCUCAAGUUUCUAGUCGCAUUGAUAGUGUUACUACUGGUGCAGAGAUGACAUUUUCGGAGAAUUCAAACCCCGAGCUUUUGAUGAAGAAUCCUGAUGAGGAAUGCUUGAUAUUUUGGCUUGGAUCAACGAAUCUCGCCAUCGGACCUUCACAUAUCGCAGCUUAUAAUGUUACGGGUUUUGAUUACGUAUUAAAUUGCGAUCAAAACCCCAUCGUUGAAGCUCAUCCUGAAGCUCAUUUGCAUCUACCAAUGACGGGCUCGAAGUUUGAUCGGUUUUCGAUAUCUAGAAACCUUCCUUCUGCAGUUAAUUUUGCAAAGACUGGGCUUAGUCAGGGGAAGAAACUCUUAGUUUGUUGUCAUAACGGUGAAGACAUUAGUGUAUGUGUUUGUUUGGCCAUCUUGACGUCACUCUUCAACGAGAAAGGAGUCUUUGACGGAGGAAGUUGCUUUCGGGAGAGGAGCGUUACGAAACUGGCAAUGCGGCGAAGAUUGAUAUUCAUAUGCAGAUACGCCGUUAACGCACGGCCAUCCAGAGGAAAUUUGAGGCAAGUUUUCGGCUUUCUUUCUUCUCGGAACGAAGAUUCAGACGAUUGAAGCAAACCUUUCGAAUGUCCAUUUUAGAUUCGGGUUUCUCGAUUUUAGAAAAAUCAUAUCUGUAAGAUUUUUGUUUGGCGGGUUCACAAAAUUAUUCUUUUUUCAAAGGAAUUGAUAUUAUGGGACUAAAUGUUUGAUAACAUUUCUCUAAUGGUUUAUUUAGAAAUAAUUUAUGGUA